AUGGAGGUCAUGUUCAAGAAAAUCGAUAGCGGCGACGCCAGGCAGUUCGUUAGCGAGGGGGAGAAACAGGCCCUGGGGCAGCUGGACCUUAGCGGCAAGGGGAACAUUAUUGCUACGCAUGUAACCAGCUCGAAGAUUAGAAACGCCCGUGGUACGCGUGAGAAGUACCCGAGUCAAGAGCAGGUUAUGGGAAACAGUGCGACUGCGGUUGCCCAAACGUUUCGUUGGUUUGCUGCGACUUCAGAGUCAGAUAACAAAGAUAAAGGAGGAGAAUCCGAUAAAACUGCCCACACUUCUUUAUGUCAGAAUUCCACGAGUUCUGUCGUCUGGGGCUCACCCCGUUUCGCAGCCGCAGAGUGGUUACAUCGCUCGGCAUACUCAUGGGGUGGCUUAGGGGGUCAGAAUCCUGGGACGUCCCAGAUAUUUCGAAACUUGGUUUUUGGAACCAGCGAAACUCCAUCAUGA